AUGCACAAGGGACCGUGUGCCACUGGAAAGAAAGUUGUAUGCUACUGGCAGGCAUGGUCCCAUAACAGAUCGUCACCGCAUGCUUAUACUGCCGACGACAUCCCCAUUCACCUCUGCACACACGUAGUCUUCUCCUAUGCCAAGCUGGACAACCGUGCGAGUAGCCUGCACCUGGGCAAAGAAUUUGACGCAGGAACAGACGGGUACUUCCGAUUCCUUCGCCUUAAAGAGAGAAACCCUAAAGUGAAGCUGCUACUCGCCUUGGGAGACCGGUAUGGUAGCGACCAUGCUGCCUGGUAUGGGGCCAUCCAUGACUCGCCCAGGAGGUACCACGUCAUGGGUAUGCUGUAUAGACUGCUGAAGGAGUAUAGAUUCGACGGCCUCCACAUCGACUGGAAAAACGCACUCGCAGGCGAAGGCAAUAGCACGGAAAACGGAAUCGUCAAGUUCGCUUGGCAAGUACAAAAAACUUUCAAGCGAUUCGCAAACUUUACACUGAGCUGCACCACUGUCCUGUCAAAGGGGCGGGGACUCCAAGCAGUGCUUCGUCAGCUCGUGCCGUAUGUGGAUACUUUUCACGUGAGCCCUGUCGGCGAUUCAACUGGCCGUGUGAGUUCCAACGGCACCAACGUCUCAUGGAGCGAUUUGGACGCCCUCUAUACGUCUGUCCCACGGGCUGCCAUAGGAGAUGGCCUGCAAUAUCUCUUUCAAUCCGGCGUGCCUUAUGAGAAAAUUAUUCUGGAAAUACCAUUUUACGGAUUGAAAGUUCCUGAGAACAGCCAGCGUUCGGAACAUAUGAUACCAUAUUAUGAGAUCUGUGACCUGCUGCGCCAAGGAGUUCCUAAUAAGUGGGAUGAAGAGCGGAAGUCGUCGUACCUUGUGCUAGACGAUGGUGUUCACCUGUAUUAUGAUGACGCAGAUAGCGUCCGGCAAAAGGUGAUCUUUGCCAAGUGGGCUGGGUUAGGAGGUGUGUCAGCAUGGCCUGUGAACAUGGACAACCAGGCAGGCUUACAGAAGCGCAAAAACGACCUCCUAAAAGGCAUUGUUGAAGGCAUGAACGAAGACAUCAGCCUGGAAUCUGCGACCCAAGUAAUCGAGGCGAGUGUCGCACCAGGGAGAAAAGAUAUUGGUGGCAUUUCUGCAUUAAGUGUGGAAGCGACGCAAUCGUCUUCAGUCACAGAAGCUUCAAGUGCUCGAAGUUCUAUUCUGGUUGUCACAACCGAAAAAGCAGAUUCACGAAGCAAUCAUACAAACAGUCAAGAGAUCAAAGUGGUCACAACACAACUACCGUCGACUGUUUCGCGAAAAUACGUGCCACUAGUAGUUGAGAAAGUGACUCAUGGCCUUAUAAAUAGUAAAACCACGUUACCACCGCCUACGCACACUCUGGUUACUCUAACUUCUGGCAGCGAGCCGACAAGCACGGGAACAGAAGUCCCAACUUUUAGCCGAAGCAGCGAUACCAUCAAGCCAGUAACUACGGACAUACCACACAGUUCGUCUCAAAUUACUACAACAAAUGAAAUAGCCGAGUCGAGUAAUUACAAUACUACCAACGAAUUCUCACCACAUUACGAAACGCCGCCCACUCCAAAUUUCGAGUCGGAUUUCUCAAGUACGGGAACAGAAGCGCCUAGCCACAAUAGUGACAGCAGCAUGAAGCCCGUAACUACUAUAAUACCGGACAUUUCGCCACGAAAUAAUCCAUCGACUCAAGUUGUGGGAUCAACUAACUACAAUACGGCUGACGAAUUUUACCCACAUAACCAAACCACGGCUACUUCAAAUACCGAGUGGGAGCUCACAAGUACUAUAAGACAAGCGCCUACCCACAACAGUGGUAGCGAGACCAUGGAGCCAGCAACUACGCAAUUACCGGAUGGUUCUUCAGGAAUCAACGCCACGACUGAAGUAGGGGAAUUGACUAAAUACAAUACCACUGACGAAUUCUCACCUCUUAAGGAAACAACAACUACUCGAAAUUUUGUGUGGGAGCUCACAAGCACUUUAACACAAGCGAGUACCCACGGCAGAAGUAGCGAUACCAUGGAGCCAGUAACAACAACAACAAUGCCGAACGACUCAUCACGGGUUAUUACAACGACAGAAGUAGCAAAAUCAACUAAGUAUGACACUGCUGAUAAAUCGUCAGCGCUUAACCAAACCAUGGCUACUCCGAAUUUCGAGUGGGAACUCACAAGCACUGGAACACAAGCGGCUACCCACCACAGUAGUACCGAUACCAUAGAGUCGGAAACAACAGAAAUACCGAAAGAUUGGUCACGCUUAAGUACAACGACUGAAGUAGCAGAAUCUACUAAGCACGACACCCCUGAUGAAUUAUCAACGCUUAACCAAUCCACGGCUACUCCAAAUUUUGAGUUGGAACUCACAAGCGCUGUAACACAAGCGGGUACCAGUGGCAGUAGUAGCGAUAUCAUGGAUUCAGUAACAACAGCAAUAGCGGACGAUUUGUCACGGGUAAUUACAACGACUGAAGUAGCAGAAUCAACUAAGUAUGACACUGCUGAUAAAUUGUCAGCGCUUAACCAAACCAUGGGCACUCCGAAUUUCGAGUGGGAACUCAGAAGCACUGGAACACAAGCGGCUACCCACCACAGUAGUACCGAUACCAUAGAGCCGGAAACAACAGAAAUACCGAACGAUUGGUCACGCGUAAGUACAACGACUGAAGUAGCAGAAUCUACUAAGUACGACACCACUGAUAAAUUAUCAACUCUUAACCAAUCCACGGCUACUCCAAAUUUUGAGUGGGAACUCAAAAGCACUGUAACACAAGCGGGUACCCUUGGCAGUAGUAGCGAUAUAAUGGAUUCAGUAACAACAGCAAUACCGGACGAUUUGUCACGGGUAAUUACAACGACUGAAGUAGCAGAAUCAACUAAGUAUAAUACCACUGAUAAAUUGUCAGCGCUUACCCAAACCACGGCUACUACAAAUUUCGAGUGGGAACUCACAAGCACUGGAACACAAGCGGCUACCCACCACAGUAGUACCGAUACCAUAGAGCCGGAAACAACAGAAAUACCGAACGAUUGGUCAAGCGUUAGUACAACGACUGAAGUAGCAGAAUCAACUAAGUACAACACUACUGAUGAAUUGUCAUUGCUUAACCAAACCACGGCUUCUCCUAAUUUCGAGUGGCAACUCACAAGCACUGGAACACAAGCGGCUACCCGUGGCAGUAGUAGUGAUACCACAGAGCCGGCAACAACAGAAAUGCCGAACGAUUGGUCACGCGUAAGUACAACGACUGAAGCAGCAGAAUCAGCUAAGUACAACACCAGUCAUAAAUUCUCAACGCUUAACCAAGCCACGGCAACACCAAAUUUUGAGUGGGAACUCACAAGCACUGUAACACAAGCGGGUACCCGCGGAAGUAGUAGCAAUACCAUAAAGACAGUAACAAAAGCAAUACCGGACGAUUUGUCACGGGUUUAUACAACGACUGCAGCAGCAGAAUCAACUAAGUACGACACCAAUGAUGAAUUCUCAGUGCUUAAUCAAACCACGGCUACUCCACAUUCCGAGCGGGAACUCACAAGUACUGCGGCACAAGUGGCUGCCCGCCGCAGUAGUAGCGAUACCAUGGAGCCCGCAACCCCAGAAACACCAGAUAUUUCAUCACCCAUCAAUACGGCGACUGAUGUAAUGCUAGAAACGGGAGGACCAAAGUUUCAGGGUAACCAUGGCAAGCGCCCCAGGUGCUUCAAGUAG